UUCGCCUUUAAAUAAACCGGAAUCAUCGGAUCGAAGCAAGUGCAAUAUGAUCGUGACAAAACUAACGUGUUUCCUGUGCCUGGGGGUACUCUCCGUCAGCACGAUCCCGGCGACCAGGGGGAUAUUCGACACCGUCGAAACGCUCCUGAAAACUUUCAACGACAACUUUAUCACCGCUACCAACAGCGCGGACAGCGAAUUGGCGGCCCUGAAUGUCAGUUUCAACGCCUUGGGCCAGAGGACCAACCAGAUAGUGGCCACCGAAUUCCAGGCCGCCGCGGACGCGUUCCUGCAGCAAAUCGCGUCCCUAAAGACGCGUGCGGGUGAAUUAGGGGUCGCCAUAGACGACUGCGUCGGCAACAGCGAAACCGAAAUCAACGAGCUGCCGCCGGCCGCGCGGGCCAGCGUGUCCUCCUGCGUCCUGACGGAGGUGUCCGCAGGAUACGGCAUCGUCGCCGCCUCCCGCGUCCAGGUAUUUUCCGCGUCGGGACAGGGCGCGAUUUUUCAAGAGGAACUGGACGAGUGCAAAUCGGAGGCAGAAAUCCUGCAGGCGGCCUGCGCGACCACGCUGGCCACCAACAUCACGUUAUCCAUCGACCAAGUGACGCAGGAUAUCGAUAGGCAGGUCCGGAUCGCGCAGCAGUACACGGACGAGCUCAAGGACGAACUGCUCGUGUGCACCGCGGGACAGGUGGCGGCCGUCAGUUCGAGGGGCGCCCUUAUUGUGGCCGAAGUCGCCGGCUGCGCCAACGAGAGGUUCUUGGACGCGCCCGAGCCGACGACACCCGCCCCGACCCCCGCACUUUUACCCACCAUUACCCCACCAUCCGAUACUACACCGACAGAUACUCCGCCACUGAUCUAAGACUACCUAAACUGGAUCCCCUCGCCUUACUCGUUGCGACGCAAGUUUAUUUUUAAGUAAGCGAGGUUUUUUGUUAACCCACCGGGGGUAUAAAAUUCGAUACUCAAAUUGUAAAAUUGUAAAAAAAUAAAAUUUCCUUUUUCGACUUAA